AGAAAUAAUUUUCCCAUUUCUUAUCUCUCUCAUUUGACAUUUGUAUUGCAGAAGAUCAAAGUAGGGCAAAAAUGGCAGAAGCUCUUGCUGCUUUGAGAAGUUUAAUGUCUUCUUACCGUCCUUCUCUCGAUGCCCUAAUCGUUCCAUCUGAAGACUAUCAUCAGAGCGAGUACGUUUCUGACAGGGAUAAAAGGCGGCAAUUCAUAUCAGGAUUCUCCGGUAGUUAUGGUUUGGCUGUCAUAACAAAGAAUGAAGCACUGUUGUGGACUGAUGGGAGGUACUUCUUGCAAGCUGAGCAACAACUAAGUGAUGAUUGGAAGCUCAUGCGUAUGGGGGAGGAUACAGUUGUAGAUGCCUGGUUAUCAGAUAACCUGCCUAAAGAUGCAGCUAUUGCCAUUGAUCCUUGGUGUAUAUCAGUUGACACUGCUCAGAAGUGGGAGCUUGUAUUUGCCAAAAAACAACAAAAAUUGAUUCCAACAAAUUUAAUAAACUUGGUAGACGAAGUUUGGGAUGAUAGACCACUAUUUAAAAUCAGUCCUGUCCGUAUACAACCUCUAGAAUAUUGUGGCCGUUCUGUUGCAGACAAGUUGACAGAUCUAAGAGAAAAGCUGAAAGUGGAGAAGGCCUGUGCUAUUAUUUUCACAACACUUGAUGAGGUUGCUUGGUUGUUCAAUGUACGGGGAAGUGAUGUAUCUUAUAAUCCAGUUGUUCAUGCAUUUGCUAUAGUAACAUCCAACUCGGCUCGCUUUUAUGUUGACAAUAGAAAGAUAUCAUCUGAGGUACACACUUAUUUGACGGAAAAUGGGAUUGAAGUACGCCAUUAUGACAUCGUGGGCACAGAAGCGGCUCUGCUCACAAACAACAAAAUUUCACACCCCUCUAUAUCAGAUUUUGAUGGCGAUUCAUUGAAGCCUUUCAUAUAUGCAAAUGGUGAAACUGAUACAGAUAAACUUACUCAUAACCUUGUCUGGGUUGAUCCUAGUUCAUGCUGCUUUGCAUUGUAUUCAAAGCUUCAAGCUGAUAAGGUGCUUUUGAAGUCAUCACCAUUAGCUCUUGCUAAAUCCCUUAAGAAUCCUGUUGAGUUAGAAGGAUUACGAAGGGCCCAUAUCAGGGAUGGUGCAGCUGUUGUGCAAUAUCUUGUGUGGCUGGAUAUGCAGAUGCAAGAGCAUUAUGGUGCGUCUGGUUACUUUGUGGAGGCAAUUAGCUCUAACAAAAGGAAACAUACGGGAACAACGAAGCUGACAGAAUUGUCUGUCAGUGAUAAGCUAGAGAGCUUCCGUGCUUCAAAGGAGCACUUUAGAGGAUUGAGUUUUCCUACAAUAUCGUCUGUUGGACCUAAUGCGGCCAUUAUUCACUACGCCCCAAAUGCUGAGAAAUGUGCAGAAUUGGACCCUGACAGUAUCUAUCUAUUUGACUCAGGAGCACAGUAUCUGGAUGGAACGACUGACAUCACAAGGACAGUGCACUUUGGAAAGCCUUCUCAACAUGAGAAAGCAUGCUACACCGCUGUUCUCAAGGGGCACAUUGCUUUGGGGAGUGCUUGCUUCCCUAAUGGAACCAAUGGUAACACUCUUGAUGUGCUUGCUCGAGUUCCUUUGUGGAAGGAUGGACUUGAUUAUCGACAUGGAACCGGUCAUGGAGUUGGGUCUUAUUUAAAUGUCCACGAGGGACCUCAUAGCAUCAGCUUCAGGCCAACGGCUAAGAAUGUGCCCUUACAAGCCUCUAUGACGGUGACAGAUGAACCUGGCUAUUAUGAAGAUGGAAACUUCGGAAUACGAUUGGAGAAUGUGCUAAUAGUUGUGAAAGCCGAUACUCCCUUCAACUUUGGUAACAAGGGGUAUCUAACAUUUGAGCAUAUAACAUGGGCACCAUAUCAGGCAAAGUUGAUUGAUUUGGGCCUUCUUAGUCCAGUUGAAAUAGAAUGGGUUAACAACUAUCAUUCAAAAUGUCGCGAUAUCUUGACCCCAUAUCUGAAUGAAUCAGAGAAAGCAUGGUUGAAGCAUGCGACCAAACCUAUUAGUGCCUGAUGGGUUUUAGGUCUGGAGUUGAAAGUUCGACAUCUCAGAAUGCUGAAACGGAACAUCGGAAUUCGGUCAAGAAAAAUACAAAAGGGUUUUGUUUUGGACAUUUUGUUUUAUAGGUUUUCUUCUCUGUUACUAUUUUCUUUACAGUCUUCUUGAUAUAGAAACUUAUUUUUUUUUCAUCUUAAGAGCUGUGAACAAUGUGUGUUUUACUACAUUAAUUGUUUGUUGUGGAGACAAAAAAUAUAUGAAUAAUAAAGCUGUUUUUCAUUUUCA